UACUAGCGUGGUCUUAGCUUGGUUUGCGUAGCAACCGAUCUUUCAAUAACGCCACCUUCAACGUCCUUAUCUGCGAGAUCUUUUGGGUGCGAAAUAGCUUGGACCUGUCGACUCUCCAGGCACCCACCCAUCCGUUUCCACCCACUCAUUCGCCGCUAUGGAGCUGGCUGCCGUUGCCUCGACCUGCAUGCCGUGCCCCAGGCUCGCCGCAUCCACCCAUGCUGCUGCCUCUGCCGGUCACAGGGGCCACCCUCCCGUCGGCUCCUCGUCGCUCACAGCCGCCGGCGUCGCGGCCAUUCGCAGCAAAAGCACCUCCAGCCGAAGCAGAUCGGCGGGUCAACGGAAUGCCCGCAGGAGCGCCGGCGCCGCAAGAGCCGCCAUGGCGCCGACGGAGUAUGCGGAGGGGGAGCGCGACGCGCCGGAGUGGGCGGGCGAGACGAAGUUCUCGGGGAUGGUGAACGCGCUGAUCGGGUUCAAGCCGCUGUACGACCUCAUGAAGAUCGGCGCGCGCCAGGUGCUCAUGAGCACGGCGGAGAAGAGCGGUGUGCCGUGGCGCAAGAUAGUGGAGGAGCUGCGGCAGGCGCCGGAGCUGCUGGCGGAGAAGGAGGCGCUCGAGAAUAAGGACAUCGUCUACCCCGCAUACUACGUGCAGCCCUUCCACGCGUAUGACCAAGGCAACCUCUGCUGGCAGGCGGCAUACGAGGUGGAGGCGGCGACGCUGUCCAUGUGCCGCCGCGCCAUCCCGUGGGCGGACUCGGCGGAGGAGGCGGCGCGCAUCCUGCGCGUGGGGUGGCUGGACGCCAUUCAGGCGCACCGCGCGGCGCACGCAGGGGGCGCGCCCGUGCAGUCGGUGCUGGACGUGGGGUGCAGCGCGGGGGUGAGCACGCGGUGGCUCGCCACGUACUUCCCCGAGGCUGACAUCACAGGUCUGGACGCGUCCGCGUACUUCCUUGCAGUGGCGUCGCACCGCGCCAAGCAGCAGCAGCAGGACCCGUCGGUGCAGCUGCAGGGCGGCAACCCCGGCAAGCCCAUCCACUGGGUGCACGCGCUGGGGGAGGACACGCACAUGCCCGCCGCCUCCUUCGACCUCGUCUCCUUCGCAUUCGUCUUCCACGAGUGUCCGCCGGACGCCAUCAGGGGCCUGCUGGCCGAGGCCAAGAGGCUGCUCAAGCCAGGCGCCACAGUCGCCAUCACCGACAACUCCCCCAAGUCCAAAGUCAUUCAGAACCUGCCAGCGCCGGUGGCGGCGCUGAUGAAGUCGACGGAGCCGCACUCGGACGCGUACUACCUGUGCAGCCUGGAGGGCAUCAUGCGUGACCUGGGCUUCUCCCACGUCACCACCGUGCUCUCCGACCCGCGCCACCGCACCGUCACCGGCACUGCCUGAAGGAUGCUGUGUUGCAUGUAAAUGGAUGUUCCAAUGGCUAUCCACAUCCACUGUAAUUUUGCAGCCACGUGCUUACUCGAGUUCUCUCAUCUAUCUUCAGAGAUGUAAAUCAACACGGGUGGAGUGGCUAGAACCAGGGCCCAAAAUUGGUUUUGGGCCACCCUUCGAAAACAGGGUCGCCCCACCAAAACACCCUGUCACACAGGGUACCUAAAUCUGGUAGUCUGAUUUUUCAGGGUAAACAUUUUGCAGUUCAGUUUACACAGGGUAUAUUUAAAACCACCCUGUUCUUCAUAGCCCUCUGCA